AUGUCGCCAAGAAUAAUACUCAUCACGAGAGCGAACAGAGGCAUAGGCUUCUCAAUUCUUCAGGCCUUGGCCACGCGCUCUCCAUCCCAUCACUAUCUUCUUGCCGCUCGCAGCACGCCGAACGGGGAAUUGGCCAUUCAGGGACUGCGAAAGUCGGGCGUGCAAGCUGAGAUCGACGUCGUGGAAUUGGAUGUUGCAAACGAGUCGAGCAUCAAGGCGGCAGAGCGAAAGGCCAGACGCUCGAACAUCCAAGAAAGCUACGCUCAGACCUUCAGCACCAACAUUACUGGCGUCGCUCUCAUGAUGAUCACCUUCCUACCUCUCAUGAAGGAGAGCUCUCCAGACGCUCAAAUCAUCAACAUCUCUUCUGCUCGCGCCUUUCUUCAUCUAUCAUCAACCCGGAAUCUCCCACCAUCUACGGUGAUCUCCUACUCGGUCAGCAAGACGGCUCUCAAUGCUUUGACGGUCGAGUACGCGAAGGCAGAGCCUACUAUUGCCUUUUACGCCGCUAUUCCAGGCCACUGCAAGACUGCAUUCAACGGUUUCAAGGGUACGAAGGAUCCAUUGGACGGGGCGCGAGUGGUCGUGGAGCUGGUAUUGGCCGAGAAGGGGAAGUACGAGAAUGGCUUUUGGCAACUGGAGGGCAAUGAGAAGGAGGCAAGCCGAGUGCCGUGGCACAUUCAAAAACCAAAAUAUGUUGACAAUAGAGGUCCAUGGCUGAUAACCCAUCAAUCGUCUGUAAUAAUGGACUUCCUCAUUCGUUUCGUACAAAUCCAUGAGACCUUUCGUAAGCCUGAGAUCGAGGCGUUGGCCGUCCUUGCAGAUGUCAAUGUCGAGUUCCUAUCCUACAGUGAAAGUGUAUGUUUUGACUUUUCCGGCUGA